CUAAGACAAAAAUAUCAACUAUAAUUUUCGGACUUUAUUACAAAAUUUAUAUAUUCUUUAGUUUAAUUGAAAAGUCAUAUGUGCAUCAAGAAAUACCUUUUGCCUGAAAUCUGACCAUCGAAAUCAAGCGAUCCUCACCGACCUUUAAGGCCUUUAGCUCAGCUUUACAGAAAUCACUCCAAAAUAAGCAAAUUUCAGGUAGCAUGGCUACAAAGAAGCGUAACUCUGAGGGUGAUGCCUACUCAAACAAUAAAAGACAAAAACAGAAUGAUUCUGUUGGUAGUUCAUCUGGAAUGUUCUCUGGUCUGAAAGUCUUCAUCCUCCAAGCAGGGCUUGGGAAGGCAAGGACAGAUAUCUUCAAGAAGCAAUUGCUGAAGCAUGGAGCUGCAGUAAAGCCUGCAGUCGAUGAUCAGACAACUCAUGUUAUUGUCGAUGAGGAGAUGACAUUCCCAAGGUUUUGUCGGAUCAUGAAGUUCGAGGAGUCUCAGGUACCGGAUCAACUGAAGAUCGUCAAAGCCCAGUGGCUGAGUUCUUGCCUAUCAGAAUCAAUAUUGAUUGAUCUUGAGGAGUUCAUCCUAGCUCCUGUGAGGUCAGAAAAAUUCAAGUUGUUCACACCGAAAGAAGAGACACCGAUUAAGAGUGAUGAUACUGGAAGUUCUGAUGGCAAGGUAGAGCUGCUGCAAGGAUCUGAAAUGGCAGGGACAUCAUCAAAGGGAAUUCCUGGUUCUGGAUCAACCAACAUCAUCACAAGUCCCUCCAAGUGGCCUGUAGCGAAGGGUUAUGAUAGUGAUGAUAGUAACUAUGUACCCAGCGAUGAUGAAGAUGGUGGAAGGGAGAGUGGGGAGGAAGAGGAGAGGAGGAUGUUGCCUUCUGAUGCAGACUCAUCCUCUAAUGCUUCUACACCUAACACCUCACCAUCCAAACUACCAAGGGGAAACUGGGUUUGUUCAAGACCAUCAACAGCUUACAAGGCAACCCAUAAUGAACAUAUUACUGACAAAUUGGAGGUUUUAAUGAAGGCCUAUGAGAACACGAAAGACAGAUGGAGAGCGCUUGGGUACAAAAAGGCUAUAUCAGCUCUCAAGAAUUAUGGCAAAGAUGUCACUACAUGGGAAGAAGCCAGUGCCAUCCCUGGUAUUGGAACCAAGAUGGCAGACAAGAUCCUGGAGAUCAUAGAAAGUGGACACCUUAGGAAGAUAGACCAUGUCUGCAAAGGAGAAGAUAUGGAGGCCAUAGAUCUAUUCAAUAAUGUAUGGGGAGCUGGACCAACAGUAGCCAGGGAAUGGGUACAACAGGGAUUCCGGACGCUUGAGGAUUUGAGAGAAAAGGCCAAGCUGAGCAAGCAGCAACAGAUUGGUCUGAAACACUAUCAUGAAUUCUUGGAAAGAAUGCCAAGAGAAGAAGCAGGAGAGAUUGAAAGGACUGUACGAGAGACUGCUGAAUCCUUGUUUCCGGGUAUGCUAGCCGUGGUUUGUGGGUCCUACCGGAGAGGAAAACAGACUUGUGGUGAUGUAGAUGUCCUCAUAACGCAUCCUGAUGGAAAAUCUCACAAGGGGGCGCUGUCCAAGAUCCUAGAUGUCUUACGGCAGACGGGUGAGUCAAUGUUGUAUGUUUCUCUGAGGUUCUUGGUUCUAUCAAGUAGGAAUCACUUAUCAUGGAGUUAACCACCGACAUGCAUUAGACUGAACUUGUGAAAAGAGCUUGGGAUCUAGAAGUGGAAAGAUAUGGUGAAGAAGGAAAGAUGUGUGAUUGGUCCAGGGACGUGAGAGGGAGAAUUAGGAGGAUGGUCAAUACAGAAAGGAGGGAGUGUCAUCUUUGCAUGAGAGUCAGUAACCCCUCAUAAGAGGGAAAAUACUGUUUGAAAUAUGUGAUGAUGAUUGUGACUGAUGAUGAU